UGUUGCUUUGCGUUAGUAGUCAGCUUAUUCAUCGGCCCAGCCUGGCAUGGUGGUUGUCGUCUGCCAUGACGAGUUGACAUCUAGCCCGGCCGUUUUGAUAUGGCGUCGCCUGGCCCAGUCUUUUGCGGAAUGUGUUGUGCUAUUUUAUGCUGCAACUUCAGCCUGGCUUGCCAAAACUACCUUAGUACGGAUUCACACAAACUGACAAGGAAGAAUCGAAGCCCCACGACACUGACAAGGCACCGAAUGCCGCCUCCACAUCGUCUUUGCAUCGGCUCGUCGGCGAACUGCGAGACCCUAGAUCGGACGGGACGGGGUUCUCUCUCCGACCGCCUCUGAACGGGAGAGAGUCCUGACCUCGCAGCCUCAACCUAUUUGCAGUCUGCUCUUUGCACCGCUUCUUCGUGGGGAAG